AUCCCGUUUUGGUGUCUCUUUUUGCGUGUGUGGGCCUGUAUUGAUCUGACAGCAGCAGAGCAAACACAGAUCAAACCUUUAGCCUGGUUGUGGUGGGCGCUGUGGGGCACGUGUGUGGGGUACGUGUGUGGGGUGAAUGGCACUUUGUCGUCUGUCUCCUCGGCAACAACACGGACGUUUGGACUGGAAAAGUUGAAAAUGGGGAGAGCGUUGGGGCUGUGCGCACUGGCCCUGCUGAGCCUUCAGAACACUUUAGUACUGAGCGGCGAGGUGCUGAUUUUUUGCGAUGACCCCACGGUGGACAAGGCCGUGACCUCUGCUAUCAACAAGUUCAAUGAGGGCAUGCACACCGGACACAAGCUCGCGCUGUUCCAGGUCAUGUCUGCUAGCAAGACAGAAAAUGGCUCGUACUGGCUCAAGUUCACCACCAGGAGGAGCAGCUGUUCUGCCUCUGACGCGACGCCGUGGACAGACUGUGAAUACCUGCCCAUAGACAAGAAACCCAUAAAAUGUAACGCCACAGUCCACAUGAACGAGACAGACACCGACACGGAGCACGUGGAGUGUCAGAUCGAGGGUCUGAGUCACUCUGGGAAGGCUCAGUGUCUGGGAUGUCCUGAAGAGAUCGAUCAGAACUCUGAGGACCUCAAAGUGCCUCUGUCUGUCUCUAUCUCCAAAUACAACAGUCAGUCUGACCACACUCACCUGUUCACCCUGAACGACGUCGGCCCGGCAACCAGACAGGUGGUGGCAGGUUUCCGCUUUAAGUUCAAAUUCGACAUGAGGAGGACCAAGUGCGCCAAAGAGGAGCACAAGGACCUCCAGGAGCACUGCACGGCCGACCCUGACAACGUGGAGUUAGCUAACUGUAACUCCACGGUGGAUAUGGCGCCGUGGAGACAGGAGCUGCCCAACGUUCAGCUGGAGUGCGGUUCUGGAGCGAUGCCUCCUAUGAUCCUGCGGCGCCGCCCUCCUGGCUGGUCUCCACUUCGGAACAUCCUGAUCCAGUUCCCUACUGCCUCUCCCAAGGCACCUCCUCCGUCUGAUGCCCCUCCCAAAACCAAAGAAGCCAAGAUCUCGGGCAAAGAGGAGUCAUCUGAGGAGGACCUAGCCAAGCCUUCUGCCUCCCCAGAAGACUCCCUCUUCCACUGCCCCUCAAAACCAUGGAAACCGUUUCACCCGCACGCCCGGAGCUCCGCCGCUGAAGCCACGCCCACCAACGCUCCAGUGGAAGGGGCUUUCAGUGAUACAGACCUAUUGGGUUAAUCACAUGGCAUCACAACGUUAUAAAGUGCCCAGAGUUUAACAUUGAGCUUGAGGACAGGUCAGAAUUCUAUGGUGGCUUUUGAUUUUGGCAAAAUGUAGAUUUGUCGACUUGGUUUAUGGUUAAUAUCUCUAAUUACCGAGCGUAUACACGUCUCUGUCAGCAAAUAUAUAGUCAUUUUUUCACUUAAGUCUCAAAAAGUGGUUGAAACAUUCAGUUGAAAAUCAAAUCAAAACUAAUCCAUAAUAAAUAAUUAUGAGAUUCGACAUUUGUGCAUCAUAAAAUCGGUUAUUUCUUUCAAAAACAGUAAAUAUCCCGUAGAGUUUUAUAUAUAUUUGGCACAUCAAAAUCUACAGCUCGAUAUAAUAAAAUGCAUUCAUAUUUUGGCGUUUAUUAAAGUGUUUGAUACAACAAGACAAGGGAGAAUAUAAACUUUGGACAGUCAGUAUUAGAAGUUAAUUGCAGCACUGGAGUUAACUUGCCACUUUUCAUUAUUUAAACCUUUACAGCAAACCAAAACAUGUACGUUUUUCCUUGUUACGGAAAUAAAUGAGAUCAAUACAAUC